AUAAAAUUUCCAAUCAGUAAUAAAACAAUAAAAUUGGCUCUACCUAAAAUAAUUUUUAAAAUGAAUAUUUUUAUGAAAAUUUGUGAUAAUAAUGGGUCUAUAUGGCGGUUUUAUUUAUUAGCUUGUUUAAUAAUAUUUGGAUUAGGUUGUGUAUAUUCAGCACCAGUUCUUCCACAAUUACAGGAUUCAUCUGUAAUCCCAGUUGAUGUAUACCGGAAUCAAAGGGAUACGGGAUCAGUACAAGGUAUUAGUCAAUUAUUACCAGGACUUCCUUUACCAAUUGAUUUACAAACAAUACAAAAAAUCCUUCAAAUAAUUACAUCACUUGGUCAACAAAUAUUUAAUCCUACAAGAAUGUUUGCAGGACUGUUUAACAAUUCAAAUGAUGAAUUUGGAUCGGAUGGAGGAAAAUACAAUGGACCUUUCCCAUUGAUGAAUCGAUUAACUCAAAUGAUGAUUCCAGCUUAUAAUAAUCAAUGAUAAAUAUAUUUUUAGUAUUUUUGUUUUAUUUAAGUAGUCAAAAAUAGAAAUGUUUCAAAAUGGUUUGUUCUAGUAAUU